AUGGAAAAACAUUUACUAAUCUCAAUUUUCUUUGCACAGUUUCUUCCGAAUCUCAGCUUCUUCUUCUCAAAUGACAAGCAACUAUAUCUCGUUCCGUCGGUUGCUUUUCGAUACCAUUCAAACGCGAGCAAUGCUCAACCAACCGACGAUUGGAUUCUCUAUGCCCAAGGUUGGUAUUUCGAACACAAUCUCGUUCGGGCGAAAUUAGCUCGAACGGCCUUGUCCACCGUUGUUAAUGAAGUGAAUCGAAAACGCGUUGCGUAUUUCACCGGAAGUGGAAAAAAGUAUAAAACGUUAUGUUUGGAGGGUUUAACAUCUGAAAUGUGUGUGAAAACCGAUGCACAUGGUUUGUUGAAAAAACAAUUUCGUUUGUCCAACGAUGAUGUUCAGCAUUUGCGUAUUCCGGGAGGAAAAGUGGAAUAUUUUGUGUCAACAAAUGAUGGAAAUCUUCGAAGUAAAGGCGAAAUUUUCCUCUGUGACGAUAACGGAAUUUCAAUCAUCAGUGAUAUUGAUGAUACGAUAAAGGUGACAGGUGUCACUAGUGUUCGCUCUGUUCUUCGUCAUACGUUCUCAGGUGAAUACGAAGCAAUUUUGGGUAUGUCGGAGCGAUAUCGUUUAUAUGAAAAGUCUUACAAUGCCACAUUUCAUUAUUUAACUGCUUCGCCUGACCAAUUAUACCCAUUUCUACGUGAUUUUCUGGAUUAUGAACAGUUUCCGUCCGGUUCUUAUCACAUGAGGCAUUUUACCUGGAUAAAUCAAAGUCGUCGCCUUCGAACGCUUAGUACAGAAAUGCUUUCGGUUGCUUUAACAACAUUUGCCAUGAUACAAUCAUGGACAAUCAGUAUUUGGUUAUCAAUUAUCUUCUUCGGAAUCUUGUUAGCAUAUAUCUAUGAGCAAUUGACAUAUAUGUCCAAGCGUGGUUCACUUCCCGGACCAAAAUUAACUGUACCAUUUAUUGGAGGAAUUCUUCAUAUGUUAUCGGCACCAUAUGAUUUCUGGCAUGGACAAAUGGAUUAUGGCAAAUUGAGUUGGAAUAGUAUCAUCGGACGAUUUUUUGUUUUAGUUGCGGAUAGUGAAUCAUGUCGAAAACAUUUGCGUAUUCCGGGAGGAAAAGUGGAAUAUUUUGUGUCAACAAAUGAUGGAAAUCUUCGAAGUAAAGGCGAAAUUUUCCUCUGUGACGAUAAUGGAAUUUCAAUCAUCAGUGAUAUUGAUGAUACGAUAAAGGUGACAGGUGUCACUAGUGUUCGUUCUGUUCUUCGUCAUACAUUCUCAGGUGAAUAUGAAGCAAUUUUGGGUAUGUCGGAACGAUAUCGCUUAUAUGAAGAGUCUUACAAUGCCACAUUUCAUUAUUUGACUGCUUCGCCUGACCAAUUAUACCCAUUUCUACGUGAUUUUCUGGAUUAUGAACAAUUUCCGUCCGGUUCUUAUCACAUGAGGCAUUUUACCUGGUUUGAUACGAACUUCUUCGGGUUUUUCUCAUCAAAAUCGUUCAUCAAGCAAAAGACCACGAUUCUUCACAUGUUCUUUCAAGAAACACAUUCGAGGAAAUUUGUUUUACUCGGCGAUAUCUUUCAAAAAGAUCCGGAAAUUUACGCCAAUAUUUAUCGUCAUUACGCCAAUAGAAUUCUUAAGAUUUUUAUACGUGUUGCCAAUCUAACUGCUUCAAAUCGUUUAAGUCACGUAUUUCAACAAAUACCGAAAUCAAAAUGGGACACUUUUGUCAACGGUUACGAUUUACCUGAGAAAAUUUUCUAA